CUUUUGUGUCAUAAGCCCGAUCGGGCAAUGUUACCAGCCUGUUAAAUGUAUAGAUUGAGCCUAACCGUAUAUUACACACACAAUGCGUGUGUAUAUCCAUAUACGUGUACAUUGAUGUGACACAAAUGAUAUGUGCAUGAUAGUGAUAAUAAUAUGUCUAAUAUUCAGAGAUACACGCCCCUGUUGGUAGAGAUAGAACUCCAGCUACAAUAAUCACUUCACAAUGAAUGAAGAGAUACCAAGUGGUAACUUUGAAGAGUCAGUGCAUUCUGAUGCAGGUCGGGCUGAUGACAUUUCAAAAGUUUUGCUCUCACCCAGCACAACAGAUGAGUCAUGUUUCAAUUUGGAGAACACAAAGAUCUGUUUCACAAGACAUGGAAUAUGGAUCAUAGAUAGUGGAGAUAAUACAAAGACAACACUUCUUCAUGCUGCUGCUGGCUUUGGUGAUAUAGAAUCUGUAAGAUACCUUCUAGAGCAAGAUGUAGAUGUUAAUAUUACAGAUGAAAGAGGGUUAACUCCACUACACAAUUGUGUCCACCACAACCACUAUGCAAUUGCAGAACUUCUUGUUGAGCAAGGAGCAUCUGUGAACAGGGAAGAUGUGUGGGGAAUUACGCCACUGCAUUUAGCAUCAGGGGUUAAAGAUUGGAAUAUCUAUCAGCUCCUAUUGAAGGGCUCUGAUCAGUUAGCUGGAAUGCAACCUUGUCCAUCUGUUAUACCAGACAUGGAAACUUCUCAAACACCAGAGUUACCAUCGGGCCUAGUUGGAAUCAAGGGCACAAAUGUCCAGCAGGCAGGAAUAAAUAGGGAUCCGCCAUUCAAAAGCAGAGGUGUGAUUGUUGGUAAUGAGCAGUCAGUGACUGAAGACUUUACUAGGGUUGGUCAGCAUGGGACAUCAGCAUCAUCUUGUCAGCAAGCAAACAUUCCUACUCAGAUAUUAGAGUUCACAUCUGCUCAGCUGCCUCUGGCAAACAUGAUAGAGAAAUCAGUGCAUAGAGGGAGUGCAAGCAUUCAGAGCUUUUCAAGGCAUUUCAGUGACACACUUAUGAAUAAGCCUUUUGCAUCUCCGAUGAGCCCUAGACCAGCUUUUAAUACAUCCCUGUUUCGUUCUCCUUUCAGUGUGAAGGCCAAGCCAAGAUUGAAUUUCAACAAAGAGGCAGUGACUAGCUCAACUGCUCAAAGAAUGUUUGAAGCAUUGGAAAAGUUUCCAACCUUACCAAGUGGUGCCAUUGGCUAUUCGACCUGUUUUGUCAAGAAAUUCCACUAGAUCUGUCAAAAAGAGUGGACCACCAACACAAAAAUUGAAUAUAAGCUGCCAGGUUCCUAUCAGUAAAUGUUCACUGGUUCAACAACAUAUUGUCUCAGUGAGUCAGGUUCCAGGAGAAACUAUUAGCAGGGCUACAAGACUGGAUACAGACGUUUUGAAUAGUGAAGCUAGGACACCUGCUGAUGAAAUGAGAGUGAAUUUGUACAACAGGGACAGUGCUUCAGCCAGACUGCUGUAGAAGAAGACAACACUGUACAUCUUCAAACAGAAAAUCAAGGAUCAGCAGAUACAGUAGUAAGACCAAAAGAUCUUCUGGAGAGCUCUGAAAAUUUGGAAGCUACAGAAAUACCAGAAGCUGCCGGUAAGAGUACAACAGAAAAAGGCAGAAAAUGUGUAAAAGUGAGAAACAUGUCAAAGAGACAUCAUUCAAAAAUUCAAGAUAAAUCCAAAAUAAAAAAAGCAGCCAUCCUUACCAGUAGGCGAAAAGGUCAGCUUCAGAAAAAUCUAGAAAGAUCAUUCCAGGGUAAUGAAAAGUCCACACAGUUUAGAGGUAAAACAAACCAGGAAAGAAUGCCAACAGUCCUUCAUCAAAAGAAAGGUGCCGAUUCCGAUUGGAAAAUUGUUAAACCUGUGGUAAAUGAUGGUUCUCACGAGCCACCAAAAACCAGUACAUGUAGUACUUCAUCUAUACCUGAAGGAUUGCAUGUUUUCGAGCAAGAUACCGGAGAAUCACAAUCAGCAAAAUUAGGAAGCAAAGAAGGUGAUAUACCAGCCAUUAUGCAAAGUGAUACCUCUGAUGGGAUUGUUAAUGUGGUGUCAGUAGCUAAUUUCAAUCAGUUAAGCUUAGGGGCAUAUACAGAACCAGGAACAUCUAUGACUGCCUUAGUCGAGCCUGUGUCUAAGUGUAGGUAUGGUACAACGGAGCAAGCAGAAGAAUGCUGCAUUCCAUUUGCAGAUCAUUCAAGUUCAAAAUCCCUCCCUGAAAGGCAACAGAAAAUUGCAGUUUCGAAAAAUGCAUUAAGAAAUGUUCCAAAAGAGCAACAUAAACUAUUUUUCAGAAACUGUAAUGCUGUUUUAGCAAGAGCUCUUCCUGAACUACCUGAUCAGCAUUCAGAUCAAAAAGCACAGCCAGUCUGGCUGAUGUUCGAAGCAGUAAGUUAGUACAUAAAAGUGAAAUGGUUUCUCUGUUGCCGAACUUUGGUGAUAUUGGUUUGGAAGAGGAAAGAGACAAUGAUUCAGAAGAGGAAAUAGACAAUGAUUCAGGGACUAUAGUAUAAUGAAUACCAUCUACGAGUACUUUAAAAAGAAGGAAAGCAAUGAUUAGGUUGAUAAUGGUAAAAGAGGACGAAAACAGUGCAAGAACAAUAACACCAAGUCUUGUCUUGAAUAAUUGUUAAUGAUCUCUUUUUAUGCCCUCCCACCCACUUUGUACAAGAAGAUGUAGUGUGUCUUUGUGUGUGUAUCUGUCUGUCUGUUGGUUUCAGUGGAAUCUCAAUUGGUUUAAGCUUUUAUAUGUUAACUUGUAUCUCAGUAACGCCUAGUUUGGAACUUCACAUACGCAUUUACUGUGAUGGUUGGUUUACUGCUAUUAUCUGACAUGCAAUAAAUGUUAUUAGGUUUCAAGACUGUAUAUUUUACUUUUCACAAAGUAACAUCCGCUUUAAGCUCACCUGAACUAUGCUGUGUUUGUGGAUGCUGUGGUGUCUAUCACCCAUUGCCAACAAUUUACAUAAACAUCAAUUCUGUAACUACUGGUCAGAAUUACACCAAACUUAGACUAUAGCAUCCAGGUAAGGUCCCAUCUCCGGCUUGUUCAAAUGGUUCCACUUGACCCCUGUUAUAGUAAGGGUUGCUUAAGAGUUAAAAACAAAAUCUUGCAAACAACCUUCUCUCAUGAACCACUUGAUGGAUCUUCAUCAAAUUUGGUCUGUAGCAUCUUUAUUGAUUACUUCACUUGAUGCAGGGAGGUAUUUAGUUUGUAACUGUAAUUUCCUGUGGAUUUAAAUUCGCUCAAAACUUUACUUUAGAAAUUACUGCUGAAAUUUGGACAAAGCUCGCUGUCUUUGCCAUUUGCCUGCUGCUAAAAGGGCAAAUAUAAGAUUCAGUCAGUUAUAUUUCACUGGUAUUGUCAUUUUAUUAUGUUCAUACUUACAACUUAAAAUGUUGAAAAAAUUAGAUUAUUAUAUAAUAUGAGCCGCGCCAUGAGAAAACCAACAGUGUGUUUACGACCAGCAUGGAUCAAGACCAGCCUGCACAUCUGUGCAGUCUGGUCAGGAUCAGUGCUGUUUGCUAACAGUUUCUCUAAUUGCAAUAGGCUUUGAAAGCGAACAUCAUGGAUCCUGAACAGACUGCAUGGAUUUGCAGGCUGGUCUUGAUCCAUGCUGAUCGCAAAUGCACUAUAUUGGAUUUCUCAUGGUGUGGCUUAUAUAUACCUUUUCUUAAGUAGAAAAUUUUCAUUAACAGUCAAUAGAUGGAUAACCUGGAGUACUCUGAACAUGUCAUUAUCACAAAAUUGUUCCAGUUCAUGUAAUCGGGUAGAGAAUAAGGAUGCACUAACACUGCUAUAGACUCGGCUGUGAGAGGUCCUGGUUUCAAGUCAUGGUCACAGCUGUGUUACAGGAUAUACUUCCAGGUUAUGAGAUUGUUCCAGGUGUUCUAUAUUUUAAGUGAACAGUAUAAUGGAUCAUUGUUUAGCUGUCCAGAUCACUUUAAAAUGAAAUACGCACAAUCAGAAACUAUCCACUAUACAGAGUUCCUGCUCUACAUGUCCAAGACUUGUAACAUUUCCUCGAUCACAAAAUUUUCUUAUAUGAAAAUAUAAUAUGCUAGUAACUAUGACCUUUUGAUUAAAAUAUUGUAAUUGUAUAUAUUUUUGAGAAAUACAAGUGUAUGGACGUUGCAUGCAUUUCAAAGCUUUUAAACUUCAUACCUGUUGUGAAAAAAAUUGACUGCUAUGUUUAAUGUAAUAAUUAUGUAU